CCAGGCAGGUCAAGAGAAGAAGAAGAAGAAGGUGCAGCCCGCCCCACGUGUGUGUGUGUGUGUGUUGUGUCGCCGUGUGUCGCUGAGUUGUGCUGCCGUGUGUUGCGGCGCCCCGACCACUGCAGGAUCGUCCCGAAACCCAGGGCGGCACCAUGGGGGAGGAGACGCGACCCCCCCUCACCAAACUGGCCCUCAACAACUUUGUGGUGCAGAAGAGGCCCAUGGCACGUCAGGCCAGGACCCACACCAUCAACGGCCUGGUGCAGCAUGCCAGGCGACUGCGGCUGAAGGCGGAGCAGGACCCGUGCCGCCGCCCCAAGCUGGAGGCCAAGGCAGACAGGCUGGUCAAGGAGGUGCUCUUCCUCAAGACUGUGCCACCGGAUGAGAUGAUGAAGUUUGCUCUGCUCAACAAGAGGUCGUUUAAUACUGUUGUAAGCAACCCUGAGGCCAGAACGGAGGAGCGGGCGCUGUGUCGGGUGGUGGAACAUAAGUCUAUUGAGUCUUCCAUCACUGCACUCAGGGAUGCACACGCUGACUGGACUGAUGACCUGCCACACAUCAUCAAGGGCUUGGGCAUCAGACACAGGGAGAAGAAGCUACAGAGGCUCAAGCGGGUGGGCAAGCUGGACGCCUACCUAAAGAAGGAACAAAAGAACAUGAAGCUGCUGCAGGAACUGACUGGCAUAGACCUCAAGAUUGGAGAGACGGAGGUAAAGAAGAAGAAGAAGAAGAGUGGAGGAGCGAGCAGUAAGAGUAGGAAGAGGAAGAGAGAUCAGAGCAUGGACGAGGAAGCAAAGAAGGUGAUAAAGAAGAUUAGGAAGAGUAAGAAGGAGAAGGAAGAGAAAGGGGAUGAUGAGGAUGAUGAGGCUGGGAGUGAAGAUGAGGGUAUGGGAAGAAGCAAUAGUGAUAGUGAGGAUAAUAGUGAGUCAGAAAGUGAGAAACUAGUGAUAGAUGAAGACAUGAAGCAGGAAAGUGAUAGUGAAAAUGAGGAUAUGGAGACAGAGGACAGUGAAGAUGAUGAUGACGAAGAUGACGAUAGUGAAGACUUUAGUGAGGAAGACGAAGAUGCCCUGAGUGAUGAAAAUGACCCAGAUGAUAGUGACCUGACCUCCUCUUUAGUCACCCCCGAAAAAGAGAUAAAGAAGAAAACGGAGCUAAAAAUAGAAAACGGGGGAAAGGAAAAGAAGAAAACGGAAGAUGACGAGACGAAGGAGGAACUAAAAACGAAGAAAAUGGGAAUAAAAGAAAAAGUAGAAAGGGAAAACAAGUCGAACGAGAACAUGAAAAAUAAGAAAAACAUGAACGGAAGGAAGAAAAAGAUGAUGGAAAAGGAGAAAAACGAGGAAAGUGGAAAAACAAAAGAUGCAGAAAAGGAAAAAAAGGAAAACAAGAACACGAAAAAUCAAAAAAACAAAAACGCAAAGAAAAUGAUGGAAAACGGAAACCGAAAAACUGAAAACGAAGGAAAGAAGAAGGGAAAGAAGGUCACAAUCAAGGCCAUCAAAGCCGCCAAGGUCAAACAGCUCGACCUUGACCAGAUAACGAAGUCGGGUCAAAUCGGGAAGCUUGAUGAACUGGACGAGAACGGGACCGAUAAAGAUGGUGGUGAUGAGGAUGAUGAUUUCUUCGAGCAAGGAGCGAAGAAAAAGGGAAAAAGCAGCUUCUUCAUUGGAGGUGCAGAUGAAGAUGAUGGUGAUGAAGAUGGUGAUGAAGAUGGUGAUGUGGAUACUAGCAAAUACUUCAAGAGCAAUUUGUUUAGAAAAAGAGGAGGAAGAGGAAGAGGAAGAGGAAGAGGAGAAGGAGGUUUCGGAAGAGGAAGAGGAGGAGGAGGUUUCGGAAGAGGAAGAGGAGGAGGAAGAGGGCGGAACCAAGAUCGCUCUGAUGGAAGAGGAAGAGGAGGAUGGAAGCAAAAUUAUAAUGAUGGAGAAAGAAGAAAUGGGUUUAACAACAACAGUGAAGAAGGAGGAGAAGAAGGAGGAGGAGGAGAAGGAAGAGGAGGAAGAGGAAGAGGAAGGAAUGGUUUCAAUGAUAGGAGGGGUGGAGGUAGAGGAAUUGGAGGAGGAGGAGGAAUAUCACCUGGAAAAUGGUUUGGAGAUAAAAAAGAAGAAGGAGGAGAAGGUGAAGGAGGAGACAGAAGAGGAAGAGGAGGAGGGUUCGGAGACAGAAGAGGAGGACGUGGAGGAAGAGAUCGAGGGGGAAGAGGAGGAGGACGCUUUGGAGACAGAAGAGGAGGAGGUGGAGGAAGAGGAGGAAGAUUUGGACAAGGAAGAGGAGGAAGAGGAAGAGGAGGACCAAGUCAUGUGGACUCAAGGAACCCCAACUUCAUACCUUUGACCAAUGGUGGCAACACAAUGCCAACAUCCAGCCCAGCUGCCACCUCCAGCCCCCCCAUCUCCCUGCUGCACCCCUCCUGGAUGGCCAAGAUGAAGGAGCGCCAGCAGACCACAGCCAUCAACGCAUUCCAGGGCAAGCGAAUGGUGUUUGACUAGACCCUCAGACCCCCCAACCCCCUUAUCCCCCUUGACUAGCCCCUUAGACUCCUCCCCUCCUUACCCCUAACCCCUACCCCACGUACAGCCCCCUAGUCCUCAAACAUACCCUCCUCCCCCCUUCCAAAGAGUCCUAUGGCCCCAAAUAGACCCCCAAAAUUGACUAGCCUUUUUAAAUCCCUUCCCUCAUCCCCCUGUUUGACUUGACUCUUAGACCCCCUCAUACAUUCCUUUAGUCAUGAAACAGACCCUUGAAACAGUCCACUUAAGUCCUGUCAUCAUAUCUAACAGUCUUCCAAUUUUUCAGCCCCUUUUUAUUUACAAGUCAUUCUUUUUUAGUCCCCCAAAAGUCAGUCUCUCGGUUAUAUUCAGUCCCCAUCAGUUCUCCAGUCUGCAUUCGCCUCUCCGUCAUCCUUAUCAGUCCCCCAAAGAGCCCCUAGACCCCAUUCCUAGUCAGUCACCAGUUGGUUGCCCGCAAGUCUUCCACCACCACCACCACCACCAGCCUGUGAAAAGGAGCUUGAUAAAUAAAUAGUCGGUGAG